AUGCUUCCUUUGUAUCUGCUAACAAAUGCCAAAGGCCAGCAAAUGGUUAUAGAGCUGAAAAACGGCGAAACCAUUGCCGGCCAGCUAGUGAAUGUCGACAACUGGAUGAACUUGACUUUGUCAAAAGUUACACAUACAUCGGCCAACGACUGUGUUAAACUGCCCGAAAUGUACGUCAGGGGUAGCUUUGUGAAGUACAUCAAGCUCCAGGACGAUUUGAUCGAAAAGGUCAAACAAAACAGCGCACAGCAGCAAUCCCAAGGUCACAGCCAGGGCAAAGACUUCAGAAGGAGACAAGGUGGCAGGAAAGACGGUGAAAAAAGAUUCAACGCUGGAAACAAUUCCAGACGCGGUGACAGCCGUGAAUUUUAUCAUGGAAACAACAAUAGCAGUGGCGGCCGUCGCUUCAACAACAGUCAAAGCAACAAUUUCAAUAGCAGAGCUGGCGAAGAUCGUUCGAUGACCAGCAACCAUUCAAGCGCCAUGGGUGGUUUCGUCAAGCACCAUCAAACGUCUUCUUCCCAACAGCCGCUGAAUCUGGGAGGACAAACUAUCUAG